AUGGCCUCCACUGCCUCACUUCACGGUUCCCCGCCGUCCAUCUUUCGGCCCAGAGUCCGCGAUGGAAUGAUCGUCGUGCGCCGACCUGCGAACAGAAACGAGACGGCCAUCUUCUGGGCUGGCACCUACUUCUUCCCCACUAGAACCAAUGAGUCCAUCGGCAUGGAUUAUUCUGCGUUCCUUGCUGAUCUGGAAGCCCACCUUCAGUACGACCCGGAGCUUGAUGAGAUCCAAUUCCACGUGCCCUCUGCAUAUCGACGCGUUCAUUUCGACCCUGCCUUGUCUGGCACGAACAGUAUCCAAGACCUCCAGCCAGAAAUAGCUGUUGUGCGUACCUACAGCCAGUGGCUCGCAUCCUUGGCGGCAAUGCAAACCUCUCGCCUGAUGCGGGAAUCUAACAUUGAAUGCGUGCUCCGGAAUGGAUUGAUUACUGGCUCUGUUCGUCAUAGAGUUCAGCCUGUAGCUGCGGCACAGUUUUUAAUUGUGCGAACUGCAGGUAUCAUGUGUCCAAUCCACCCAACUGACACCAGAGCAUUUGUCUCUGACAACUAUGUUUUAGACGCGGAAGCCUCGAACCAGGAGGGAGAUGACAACAGUAGUUGA